GGGGGAUACUGUUUUUGUCCUGUAUGUCAUUCUGCAAUUCUGUCAUUCUGUCUGAAACUUUAACCUUGCUACUAACUUUUGAACAGUAAGUGCUAGAGCUUUGAUAUUUCACAUGAGUAUUCCUUGUGACAAGACCUUUCCAUUGGUACUAAACCUUUUGACCUUGACAUUUGACCUACUUUAUAAAAAAAUUUGACAUUGGUCAUAACUUCUAAAUGGUAAAUGUUAGAGCUUUCAUAUUGCACAUGAGCAUUUCUUGUGACAAGAUCUAUCUACUGGUAGCAAGAUAUUUGUCCUUGUGACCUUGGCCAUCUUCGGAAUUGGCCAUUAUCAGGGGCAUUUGUGUUUCACAAACCAAAAAAAAAUUCAUGUAUAUGUAAAUAUAUUAGUUAUUUAUGUCAAGUUCAAAGGUCAGUGCUGUUAUUGAGAAAUGAAAUAUAUUGAAACAGCUUAGAUUUAUUACUUACAAAACAUUGUCAGAUUUAGUGUCCUCAGUUUCCUUAACCAACCCAGGCCUACUUUUUUUCACUUCAUGAAGUUAUAGAUCCCCUGACAACUUACAAUGACCCGAAGAAAUUUCUCCCUCUAUUGACAGACAAAAACCUGUUCUUAUAUCUUACAAUCACAAACGUUGCAGGUACUGAAACCUAUCUCAGGUUUGUGAGAGGUUACAUAUUUGGAUACAUUCUUAAUUUGAGGACAGCGGGUUACAUAUUCAGUAAGGCUUGACAGUAUUAUCUCCUGAACCACACAGGAAAAUAAUCAUCAGAUAAUGGUUAUGUAUAUUUUAGAUUAAAAUAACUGCACUUAUUAGGUUCUUAUGUCACCAGUCCAGCUGGACUGAUGGGGUAUAAUUUCAACCAGUCCGCAGAAAAAAUUGCCAGUCCAAGAGAGUUUUCCAGAAAUAAUUAAACAUAUUUCGUUAAUGUUAUUGAAAUGAAAUUAACUCAAUAUGCCUCAGACAAUAUCGAACACUUAUGUGGGAUUUAUAUUUACGAAUCAGAUUCGUCUAAUAUCUACAGAGCAUGCCAAAUGUGUUUAUAAUAUUUCAUAAGUAUAUUUUCCAAAAUGAUGCUUUAGAAAAUUAACAUUAACAAGUCCCAUCGGACUGACUAAAACAAAUGUCAGUCAGUCUGCCAGACUUAUAACCAGUCACAGACUGAUGGGAAUAUGUUAAUUUCGAGCCCUGACUUAUUUUGUUUUAUUAAUUGUUUGGUUUGAACAUUUUUUAUUGUGACUGGGUUCUCAAAACUUAGAAUGCACUCUCCCAGUUGUUUGUUAAUAUUUCAGGGAUGAAGGAAAUGAAUUAUGAAAGUUUGAUACACAGAUUUUAUUUAUGUAACUGCGUAGCCAUGCAAUAUGAAUUAUUACAAAGUAGAAACUCGUGCAUUUUAUAAUUUGACAUUUCUUAAAGGGGCAUGAACACAAUUUUUAAUCGAUUGAAAUCGGGGUGGGUUUUUUUCUUUUUUCUUUUUGGUUAUAAGAAUAAAGGUCUUUUAUAAAUAAGUAGAUAAAAAAUAUUUUUACACAGAAUAUAUUCUUUGUAUUUACAUAAAAUCUGGCUCCCAAAAUCAUAUUUGUCAACACUCUUAUCGUAGCCAGGAAAGUGCAAGCGCGAAGGUGAGAGCACAAGAUUUCUAAAAAGUAUGUCAAAAGCUUUCAAAGUUUCAGCACAUGUUAAAUCAAUUUAGGGAGCAAACAGGAGAAAGAACGAAAAAAAAAAAUUGUUAUAAAAGCUUUUUACACCAAAAGCUGUCAACUUUGGUGACAUGCUGAUAGUUGAGUCAUGUUGCAGGUUUUGUGCCUCGUUUUGAAAAUGAAGUUUAUAUGUCUCAAAUACAUCUUUGUGUUAGUGUAUGAAAUUGAGGUUUGUUGCUAUGUUUUACAUGAAUAUGAUACUAUCAUAUUAUCAAUUAUCAAUUUAAAUCAUUUUUUGCACCAAAAUCGUUUCCGUGCCCCUUUAAUGCCAUAAUUAAGCUUAGAUGUUAGAUUCACUCACAUGCAACACAACACAAGCAUGUAAAUGAAGGUCACUUUCUGGUGACAAGUCAAUGCAUGGCUAAAUUCAAAAGUUGAAGAGGUUCACUUUCAGUUUUCACAUGUAUGCAUUUUAUAUCCAACUCAUGUAUUUAAAAAUAUGUCUUGGCCAUUAAAAGCUCAUGCUUGCCACAAUCCAUAGGUAUAUCAUUCCAGAUAAGACAUAUCCUGUUUGGGACCACUAUAAAUUAUCUAGCUAGAUCUAAAUGGAAAUUCAUCAAUAUCCAUAGGUAUGUUAGUCCAGUUAAGACAUAUCCUGUUUGGGACCACUAUAAAUUAUGUAGCUAGAUCUAGAUGGAAAUUAAUAUCUCUACAUCCAGCUAUUUGGACUAUUUUUCAUAACUUGUUUUGAAACUCCUUGCAAUGUUUAAGAUUAAAAUGUUACCCUGUAUUUCAACAAGUCAGGGCUGAUAAAAAGUAAACUCUGAGUUUUUUUUCCCCUGGACAUAGGUGUAUGUUUAUGCUGUUGUCACGAGUGUAAUAUACAAUUAUGGUAUAUGAACUUGAGAAAAUACUGUAUACCAGUGUUAAAGAGUGUCUUGAGUGUUUCAUCUGUUUAGAUGUUGCCGACAGGAAAGAGAGGCUGUUCAUGUAAAUAUAUGAACAUACAUACUCAGUAUUAAGACAUAAAGAAUCUAUCUAAGAUGUACAAGUUCAGUAUUCGACACAUACAUAUAUAAGGACUUAAAUCUGUAAACUGACAUAACAGUGGUUAAGACUUCCUGGUUGUGUAGAGAAGAUACCACAUAAGGUUUAUCACAUUACUCUGAGUUUCGUGAUGAGUGAAUUAAUUUGUUCUUGAAUUCAAACAUGGAAAAUUCAUUUACCUAGGAUAACUUCAACAGUUUGUGAUGAGUGAGAGAUAGGUUUUCCUUCCUUGGAUGAUCCUUCCAUAUAUUGUAAUGACUUAUUAAUUCAUAAAGUCUUAACAAAUAUGUCUGAAAGGAGAAGUGUCACUACGCUUCCAAAAGCAGAGGCUGAAAGAAUCGCUAAGUUGAUUGGUCAGCAGAGAAGGCAAGUCCACCAAUCACAUGGAAGCUAGAAAUCUUUCUCUUGUACUCUUUAUCAACAAAUGCAUUCUUCACAACUGCUUGCUACAUGUAUCAGACUCGCCAUAAGGACUGUAAAGAGUUCAAAAAUUCUUUCUUUCUGUAAAAUGUGAGAUGAACUAUUAAUUCAUUCCCUGGAUGCUAGAACUUCGUUUUUGCAUUUGUGAUACUCAGAUGACACUAUAACUUUUCGAUACACUAUAUCAUAUACCAGAACUGUAAAAUUUUGCUGCAUGUGAGCACAUUGCGUAAUCUCAAUUUCAGACAUGGCAAAUACUUCAGAAGUAUAGGGUAGUGGGUAGGGGUGGGGGGGGGGGGGGGGGUAUCACUGUAUGCCAUAUUUCAAACAUAGGGAAUUUUGUUUCAGAAUCAAAUUCUAUAUUUGGUAAAUUUCACUUCUAUAUCUUGUAAAUUUCACUUUGAUCUAUACAUAUUAAUGUUUCUGCAUGAUAUAUAUUUGGUAUAUAAUGAUUAUAUCUUUUUGAAUGAAUAAUUGUUUUUAGAAUAUCCAAAGACAGUGCAUGGUUAUUGAUAAGACUAUUUUGAUUUUUUUGUGUAAUCAAAUAACAUUACGGUACAUUACAAACCCAGGAAUCAGAAUAAGACACCUGUCUGAAGCAGGUAAAGUGAUGAAUUUUCAAGCUUGCAUAGAUGAAAAUUUUCAAAUACAGAAAUGCUGUUUGUAAAGGACAACACAAACCUAUACUUGCUCAUAAAACGCUUUUUAUCCAUCUCAAUGUUUGUGUUACUUAUGAUAUAUAGAGGUGUACCUGGGAAAUACUGCUUUCUUAUUUGGUUAUUGCAGGUUAUCGGAAUGCAAUUUUAUAUUGCCUUCAUCUAUAUGUGUGUGUAUGUUUUUUGGUUUGUCUAAUCUAAGACCCCAUUAUUUUAGCCUGUGGUUUAUACCUGAGAAGUAGGUGUGGUCUGUUCAGUUUUGGUGUUAUCUACCUGGAGUGUUCAAGGUCCAGAGAGAACACACUUAUUACAUGUGUUUAAAGAUCUGUAUCAGUUAUAGAAUACAAAGGACCUUUUGUUAGACAGCACAGGAAUAUUUGUUGAAUUAAGCAAUCAAAAUGAACAUUGAAAUUACAAUGUAAUUUAAUUACAUUACGAAAUUAAAGCAGGUUGAAUUUUAUUUCGUUCAAAAUCAUACUUUUAUUGACUUUUUUUCAAAAUAAGUAGUAUUUGAAAUAACAAAUUUUAUUUGGGACUAAUAUUAAUCAACAAAUUAUUUGAUGGCCUUAUUACUCAAGAAGUAUUUUCAGACUAUGUGCUGAAUGGUCGGUUUAAUAUUGGCAUCAAAGAUGUCAAUGGGUAUGCAAGACACAUCAUAUGAAAUUAUUUUGAAGGCCCAUUUCGAAUGAUUGCCCGUGAGCUGCAUUAGAAUAAUUUUGCAUAAUUCAUGAAAAAUGCUGAAACAGAAGAUGCUCUGUCAACUUGUAAGCAUUUUACAGCUAGAAAUUCUGUUUCGUGUAGGUAGUACUGACUUAUGACAAAUAAGAAACAUACACAUUGGUUUUUUAAAAUUAUUUUUGAUCGAGAGAUUACUGGUUUUUUCAUUACGGAUAUCUACUAAUUCUUGACCCUAAUUCAAAUUGUUUUCUAAUUAUAACAUUCCUUAUUCAUAAUUAUGGACUUCUAGAUUGAAAUAACUUUAAUCAUAGUAUUAAUUCGUUAACAGAUCAAUCUAAUGGGGGGAAAGUUACAGCAGACAUGUAAAUGUCAACAAAACACGGGUAACCCUCGCUGCCUCAUGAUCUAAGAAUGCCGGCUGAUAAUUGUCAGCUUCUUCUGUUGUCAAAACACCACGAUUAGACUGUCAAUCAAACUGAGCUCUAUUGUUGAAAGUUUGACUGGUGGCUGAACGUUGAUCUCAAUGCUGAUAAAUUUUUGGGGCGGUGACUAAAAAUUGGGUCGUUUAACCCAUCUUGUGAAAUAUUACAUUUGUACUUAUUUUAGCAUCUUCAGACUUUAGCACAAUUCAAGCUGCACUGUGUGGUGUAAUCACAAAUUAGUUCCUCUGUCCUAUAUGAUUUUGUAUAAGUAGGGAAUAACAGGAUCCCAUUGGAACACUUCUGAAAAUAAUUAAUCUUUGUGUAAGUUUCAAAGGCGAGAGGAUAUGAGUCCUGCUAGAAUAUAAGUAUGCUUUUAGAAUAAAUACAGAAUAAUAUUCCUGUUGGUUAAACAGCGAACAGGAAUUAACUGGAUUGUUACACGAACUUGGUACUUGGUUGUUAAAUAUUGGUUGUUAUACUUGGGACAGUAUUUAAAGGGGCAUUAGUUGUGAAAGUGAUAGCAACCAUUAUUUUUCUCAAAAUCUCUCAAUAGACAAGAGAAACCUAAUAAACUAUUUUUAGAUAACCACUUUUAAUGUAAAGAAAUGUAUAAAGAAGAAUUCUUGACUUGCAAGACAAUAAUUAUUUAAUCACCAAAAUUCAUUGAAUUAAAUUUUUGGUGACAAAAUUACAGAUAAUGUCCCUUUAAGUUUGAUAUUGAUUCACGAAUAUUUUAUUCACCCCUUCAAAGUGGACGAGCAUACUGAUUUGCAUCUGUUGGUCGCUUGGUAUGUUUAUAAUCAGUUGGUAGAAAUAAAAAUUCUGAUUAAGAAACAAUGAGAUCCUUUUGUCCUGUUGUCCUGAAACUUUGGUGACUGGGGCCCUGUUGAUUUUCAGGUCAAAGGGUCAUUUAGCAUUCUAGUAGAGAAUACUCAUUGAAGUCUGUAAACAGAGCUGUGUUCAACAGUGUAGCAGCUAGCCUAGCUAUUCAAUGUAGGAAUUAAUGCUUGUUAUCCCUACAAAGGGCUAGAUUAGAUGUUCGUUCAACUUCAUAGCACUAUCUAGCACUACAUAGCCACUAAGAUUUUGAAUGCAGCCCUGAUUGGUUAUGGCAAUGAGACAGCUUUUAUUAUUGGUCAAAUGUGACUUAUAUCAUGAGAUUUCUAGCAUACAGUACAUGUAGCAUUAGUUGUCUUACAUAACUAGAGAAUCCUUUGGUUAUUAAAUGUCAUAUUAGGCAGGUUGGUCAUAUCUAGGAGAUGACCCCAUUUGAUCUGUUAAGGUAGUACUCUACAUCGUCAUAAUGGCUGACUUCCUUUAAAAACAUGGAUGAAGAAAUCGAUAUCAGCAAUAUUUGACUUUUCCUUUUCCAUUUAAAUACCUAGCCGAGUAGCUCAGUAGAUUAGAAUACUGACUGAUGAACUGUAGGUCGCAGGUUCGAGUCCAGCAGGGGUUUUAAUUUUUUUCUUCAGAUUACUUUCCACUAAAACUGCAUUUUUGACAAAAUAAAGUAAAUUUGAAAAUUUUCAACUUCAAAAUAUUGUUGUAUAUAUCCUCCACUUUUCAUCUAAAUCAAAUUUCUCUAGUGUAGCAUACCUCCUUAACCAAAAUGUCAAUGGUCAUGGUAUUUUCUUACAUUCACAUAGCAAUGUUGCCCAACAACUAGGGAAUAUUUAAAAUGAUUUUAAUUAUGAAAUUUCAUCGAAAAGUUUGUCAAAUAUAGUCAAUCAUAAGGUCACUUUCUUUAAGAAUGCAUACCAUAAUUUUUGUCUGCAAGAACCUUUUACUAAAUUGCUAUCAAACUUCACUGGCAAAUUGAGAAUCAAUAGUAAAUAACCCAAAUUGGUUUUUCAAGUUGAAAGGUUACCAUGUUUCAAGUGAAACUUAGGGAAGCAUACAUGUAUUGCAAACAUACUGUGUUUAGGAGUUCUUUUAUUGAAGUUGCCACAGCUAGGGCCAUUUAUAACUUGACAUAUAAGGGCAUCUAAAUAUCAAUGGGAGUUAAUGAAAUAUUAUUCCUCUUUUAGAAAGGGAGAUAAUUAUGAAAAAAAUUCCCUUGCUUUUAAUCUACAAUAUUUAUUGAAAAUGAAUACAUUUUGUGUUAUAUUUCCAUAGUAAUGAUCAAUGUAUAUUGCAGUAUUAUACGAUUAUUCUCUUUUUUUUUUAAGGUUAUUAUGUUGUUUUUAAAAGCUAACUGUCGUGAGAAGUAUAAUAAUGACUUAGCCUAGAGGGCAAGAUGAAUAUUGUACUUCUUAGCUAGUUAAUGCAUCUUAUUGACCUAACAAAUGUCAACAAUUGUUUUAUUAUAUGGUUAAAUGAUUUAAUACAUUUAAAAUGGCUACUAGAGUCUAUGAUACUAUACCUGGUAGACCUUUGUUUAAAGCUAGAGUGAAUAGUGUUAAAUCUAGGAUCUAGAGAGGGCACACAUAUCAUAUGUUCAAAAGGGCAUUUUUCGUCGCGGCAAGACAAUUUCGGGGCACUUUCAUUGUAUCAUAUUACUAUCAUGAUAGUAAUAAAAUAAUCAUUUAGCCUCUUUAAAAGUUAAUACCUACUGCCUUGAUUUUAAACUUUUCAAUCAACCUUGUGAAAGAAAGAACAAAUGUUUAUGUUAAAGGACACAUCUCGUGUUUUCAAAGUAUACAGAAUUAUAUGCAUUUUGUCUUCCUUAUGCUGAUAGAAAUUAAUUGUAAUAGUUCGUUCGCUGAAGUAUUGCGAUAAUUAGCCACAAUACGGAUUUAAAUCUAAGCCCUGAUUUCAAAAAGCCUAGUUAAUUAGAUAGGUAGUCACGUGGUACAGUGACGUCAUAUGCGACCUUCUUCGAUCAACUUGUUGUAAAAGUAGUGUUAGAUAUGUUUAAAAACUCGGGUUUUAGGGGCCUAAUUUAUCUACCAUGGAUAACAUUUAUUUCGAUGUUGACAAAUUCCCCGAGUCUUAUAUCUUUUAGCCACCAGUGCAUACAAAUAGCGACCCAAAUGUAGCGAGGAAAGCGAGUAUGAAAUCUGCAUAGAUUUGCGAGUAAAUGAUGUUUACAUGGGAUCACUGUCUAAACGCUAUUUGGUAAUGCCAUUUCUGUAAACAACUAUAAUUAGCGUUGUUGCUUUUCUAAAAUAAACAGUGCAAUUAUUAUUAAAUUUAUUUUUGGAGAAGUUAGAUAGGCCUAAAUUAUGAUACGAUUAUGUAUCAUUGACAACUAGGCCUACUGUCACGGGUGCAUUUCGGGAAAAAAUAUAUAAUAAAAAUGAUCAAACUUAUUGUGAAAAUCACAAUACUUUUCAAUUAUUUUAUUCAAGCAAUUUUAUUAAUCAUUAUUAUUUUUUAUCUACUUAGGAAGUGGGAGCGCGACAUGCUGUUGUUGUAAACACACAUGUACGAGUUCCUUAAAAACAACAAAUUAAAGCAUUAUAUAAUUCAAUUCAAAGCUGGGAAAUAUCAUAUUUUAUUAUUUAUAAUUGACAGUUCAAUUAUCUUUUAUCUUUGAAUUUCUUUUUUUAAACUACCAGUUGGUAGACACUGCUAGCAAAGUUCUGCCUAUAUGUUGUUACAAGGUGAAGGUCAGUUGGUGCGAGUGUGUAUUGAAUUUGAGAGCAGAACGAAAAGCAUAUGCCGUAGGCCUAUAUGUAAUAGUGCGUAGCUUCGAUAGAACCAUUUUCUCGCAGUUUAUCUACGUCUUUGUCCAAGUGCUUGUUUGAAAAAGUACAGGGACAAAUUCUACUGGGGUUUUUUAUGGCAAAGUCGUUGUGCCGACAAAAAAUAUUCACGUCUUGUCCCUCAUACCUUCCAUCGAAAAUUGAAAAAAACACAGUCCAAAUCCUCUCUACUGACAGCAAGUACACCCUUAAACGGCACAAAACACCCUAAUGCAGUGUUAUUUACAAGCCAUUAAUGUGAUAAUUGUUUGUUUGUCAAUUAAAUCUAAUCUGUUUAUGAAAUGGCUAACAACUGUUUUCAAAUCUUCAGGCUCGAGGUCGCAUAUGACGUCACAGAUAAUGGCACGUAAAAUAUCGAAGAAAAUAUGCAUAUCGCAAGAUUUGAAUUUCAUUGCUUGCAAACUCGAAAACUACGCAAACUGUUUCAUUUAAAACACAUGUAAAGUAGUUUUAGGCAUGAAAUGAAUUAAUUUUGCUGAAAAAAUCAAAAAGUUUAAAAACAUGCGAUAUGUGUCCUUUAAUUAACAAAUAUUUCUAAAAAAUUUAAAGAGAAAAAAGGGCAUGGUGCAAUUAAAAAGGGCAUGGCGUGGCGCCAUGCUAGUUUGCUUUAGAUUUAACACUAGUGAAAGACUUCGUCGGAAGUGAAUAGAGAAGUGAAUUGUUUGUUUAUUAUAUGACUGAAUAAUUCGAAACAUCAAAACUGGCUACUAGAACUAACCAGACUAUACCAGAUCAACCAUCUUUGUUUACAUCUAUAGAGCAAGACUAGGUUGAAAGUGAUUAGAGGUGCGUUUUCAUUGGAUGAUCAGAAAAUGAUAACCAGUUGUAUCAGUUUCAAUAUUCCCAAUUUAUUUCUGGUCCAAUGUUGGAAAAAUGUAAGGGUGAUUUAAUUUUGUGUCUCUUUUUUUUCAAAUGACCUAUAAAAAAUGCCCUGACUCAAAAUUUGUAUUUGCUCUUGCUAAAAAAAAUAUGAAGUACGAAAAAUUUUCUAGCACAAGAUGACCCAAAUUUUAGUGCAUGCUCGAUCAUACACUGAACAAAUUUAUUAGAGUGCUAUUUUCUUAUGAAUAUCAUUAUUUUGAAGAAAAAAAUUAUAAUGAUAUUUGUGCAUUUUUCCUACCUUGAUACCCAUCAAUAAGUAGAAAUAGUACAUUAUAAAGGGGAGACAAAAUACUGGGUACAGGUACUUUGAUUUAUUUGUGUAUUGAUAAUGCCAAGGCAUAGAAACUCUGACAACUAAGAUUUUAAAUACCAUGUCAUUUACCUGCGUUUUAUUUGCCAAAAAAGAAAAGAUAAGGGGGCCUGCAUAGAUUAUGUAUACCUAACAAACUUCAUUGAUUAUAUGUAGACUGUUCAAACUUCCGUGUUUCGGCUAUUCUGGGUCCUUUUAUUUUUUUAAAAGUAUAACUGAUAGAGAUUUAUUAUUUCCUUUGUGUUAGCCAUGUAUAUGGUUAUACAUGAACAAAAUAAUCCUUCACUUGAUCUGUCUUCAGAAAUUUCAUCACCAGGAAAUUGCUUGCCGGGUUUUAUUUGUGUGUACUUUGUGUCACUACUUAAUGGAGAAGAUUGCUAGUUUGUUACUUCGGAUUUUUCAAUAUCAUAAAUUGGAGGGGUUUUUAGUUGUGUGUACAUGCAAGUGAAGCAUAUGUAGUCCUUUCCAAAAAUAAAAAAAAAGCCGCAGAUGAGUCAGUUGAUUUGUUUGGGUUAUUUGGAUGAAAAUAUUUCUUCAAUCUGUGUCAUUCAUGCAUGAUGAUCUCGAACUUGUGUGGUGUUCAUGUGCUGUUCUUAUGAAAUUUAAAGUCAGCUGAUUUGUGUGUAACAUUUUGGAUUUAAAUGAUUUUCAUAUCUUCAUAUGCUAUAUGUGAUGGUGAUUUGCAAUCAAAGGAGCUUAAAGGAAGAAUUCGUCAUAUAGAGAAGUUUUUUUUUUGAUAUUGCAGAAAGAGGUAGAACCCUUUAUGACUUGUUAGCAAAUCAAGAUUUUUAUUUUAAAAUUGGUUGUGGUUUAUACAAGAAUUUGCAUAGAAUUUAAUUGUGGCAACUGUGUAAUCAGUUCAGAGAUACAACGAUUAUUAAAGUGUUGUGACUGAGACGGUGUUCUGGUUUCAAUGCCAUAUCUUCUACACCUUUAUUUCCCUGAAGAAGAAAAAAGAACUUUGAUAUAUUGACAUACUUACAUUGCAUUUAUGGGGUUAUUUGACAACAGAUAACGUCGGAGUUGUGGACAGAAGGAGGAAGUCGGGGAAGUUUAAUGAAGAGUGAGUUGGGUAUUCCAAGUAACAUUGACGAUAUGUAGUGAGGAUUUGUUGACGUUGACAGAUUUCUGUUAUACUGAGUCAAGUUAGUACGAACUGAAAAAGAAACUGUGCAGCUUCCUUUCACUACAGUUGUGUUUCCUCCUUCCAGUCUUGUGAGGGAAUUUCUAGGGAAGGCGCAAACCAUUUAUUAUUCUUUUUGUGUCGAGGGUGGAAUUAUCAACUUUGUAGAGGUCUCACAGUUGUUUUAAACUAUGAAAAGAGGUAACCCAAAGGAAGAAGCUCUUCCGAUACAGAGGAGAUGGUUUCAUCCCCACAUUUCGGGUGUGAAGGCUGAGGAGUUACUAAAGGAGCGGGGUUACGAUGGCAGCUUUCUAGCUCGGCACAGCACAAGUAGUCCUAGUGAUUUCACGCUCUCCGUCAGGAGAAAAACUGAGGUGACCCACAUAAAGAUACAAAACAAUGGUGAGUAUUAUGAUCUCUAUGGAGGGGAGAAAUUUGCUACUCUGGCAGAACUGGUGCAGUAUUACAUGGAAAAUCAGGGGCAGCUCAAGGAGAGGAAUGGAGUGGUGAUAGAGCUCAAAUAUCCCCUCAACUCAGAAGACCCUACCACAGAAAGAUGGUUCCAUGGCCAUAUAUCUGGGAAAGAGGCAGAAAAGGUGCUUGUGGAGAAAGGAAAAAAUGGUAGCUAUUUAGUCAGGGAGAGUCAGAGCAAACCGGGAGAUUUUGUCUUGUCGGUGAGGACAGAAGACAAAGUGACACAUGUCAUGAUCUGCUUCCACGAUAAAGAUGAAACAUAUGAUGUUGGUGGUGGAGAGAAAUUCAAAAGUUUGACAGAUCUCGUGGAGCAUUAUAAAAAGAAUCCCAUGGUGGAAAAACUUGGAACUGUGGUGCAUUUAAAAACUCCUUUUAAUGCCACAAGAAUUUCUGCAUCUGGUUUGGAAAACCGAGUCAAGCAGUUAGAGAAAGAGAAAGACAGUGCCAACACGAAAAGCAAAGGUGGAUUCUGGGAUGAAUUUGAGCAAUUACAACAGAUGGAAGUCCGUCAUUUGUACAGUAGGAAAGAGGGGCAGAGGAUAGAGAACAAACCUCGAAACAGAUACAAGAAUAUCUUGCCAUUUGAUCACACACGAGUUGUAUUGAAGGAUGGGGAUCCAAAUGUCAUAGGAUCUGACUAUAUAAAUGCCAACUUCAUCACAAUGGAUGAAGACUCGGCCGAACCAAACAAGAAGAGUUUUAUAGCAACACAGGGUUGUCUCCCUGGAACUGUCAGCGAUUUCUGGAGAAUGAUCUGGCAGGAAAACACCAGUGUCAUUGUCAUGACAACAAAAGAAGUGGAGAGAGGGAAGGUUAAAGCUGUGAGGUACUGGCCCUCUCCUGAUGACCCUGAUGAUAUUUUAGAAAGAAUGUUUGAGACCUAUGAUGGGAAAAUAUUUGUCAAAUUCAUCUCUCAAAAGAAUGAGUCGGAUUACAUCAUCAGGGAACUGGAAGUCUGGAAAAUUAACAAGGACAACAAGAGGGAGGAGACCAGACCCGUGUUUCAGUUCCACUUUCUGACCUGGCCUGACUAUGGUGUACCCAGUGACCCAGGCUGUGUCCUCAACUUCCUCAAUGUGGUCAAUGCCCAGCAAGAGAAGAUCAAGGAUGCUGGUCCUAUUGUAGUUCACUGCAGUGCUGGCAUUGGUCGAACAGGGACUUUCAUCGUUAUAGACAUAAUACUCAACCAGAUCAAGAUGUAUGGUCUGGAGUGUGAAAUUGACAUCCAGAAGACGAUACAGAUGGUGAGGUCACAGAGAUCAGGCAUGGUGCAGACUGAGGCACAGUACAAAUUUGUCUAUAUGGCUGUGCUGCACUACCUGGAAACUGAGCAACAGCGCAAACGGGCAGAAGAACAAUCUGUGGGCAGGGAAUACACAAACAUACGAUACACAGCCAACAUGGAGUCUGCUAACAAGUCCCUGUCUGCCAGUACUAAAGCAGCCCCGCCACCCUUACAGCAGUCCUCAAGGCGAAAGGAAAAGGAUCUACCCAAACUGCCACCAGCAGAAGAUGCUAGACAGAUCUACCAAAACAUAGGCUCUGUGGGAUCAAAAUAGCGGAUCUGUCAUUCUACAGGUCAAAGUGGCUUCUCAGUAGCAGUGAAACUGCCAUGUGAUAAAAGUCAGAAGUGAAUCGUUCCUCAUACGUCAUUUAUCAUCAAACUGAUGAAAAACAAGCAGGUCUUUACUUGACUCAAGUCUACAACUGUGUAUUUUCUUGACAUUUUUCCAAUGCAGAAAAUAUGCUUUCUUCAGAUCAGUCUCAGCUGGCAAAUAUGCCAUGAUAUAUAUAUAAGAUUGAAGACUUAGCAUGUAAUUGUGCUACUGAAUCCAGAUAUGUUUACAUGUUUGUAUAUAAUAGUGCAUCAGAGGUGAAUUUGAAGCAUUUUCAUCCAGCCGCUGUUGUAAUCCACAGAAAGGUUCAGCAUUUGUUUUUGUCGAAAAAAAUUCUAUGUUGCAGAUCUUUUCUAAUUAAUGAUAGGUUGAUAAAAAUAUAUGGAAUAGGUCACGUGUACAAAUGCAAUUUACUUUAAAAAUAUUGAUGAUUCCAGUUAAUGUCAAAUAUUACUAUAAGUGAUGAAAAUUUCAUAUGUAAUAGUGUAUAUACAUUGUGGUUUUUUUUUUAAGAUUCAAAAUACAUGUAUUCAUAAUUUUGAGAGUGGGGUGUCAAAUAUUGUGCUGCAAUGAAAGAAAAAAAUCUGUUUUUAAGUUUUGGCUUUUUAUUUGGAUAUGAAUUGGCUGAUCGUAAUUUAAAAUUGAAUGUGGAGACAUGUUAUAUUACUGUUACUUAUGUACAUUUUAAAUGUUUGAUGUUAUACAAUUCCUUUGUCAAAAUAUGGUUAUAUUGUGUGUGUUAUUUAUAUAUUGUUUUCACUAUACAUGUACUUGUGCUACUAGAAAGAAUUGCUUUUGGUAUAAUUUGGUGUAUUUUUUUUUUUUUUUAGAGAUCCUCUUCUGUUUUCUCCAUGCCCUAACCCCUACUAGUUUUGUCUCAGACUGAUAUCUUACAAUGGUCUUUCAUAGGAAAGAGUUAACAGCUGAUGAAAAAAGUUGCAUGUAUUUUGACAAAUUGGAAAUAACUCAUUUUACCCAUGUAACUUGUAAGUACAACUAGUAUUAAUAUAUUAAUCAAACUUUAAAAGCUUUCAAUUUUUGUCUGAAAUUGUUGAAGACAUAUGUCAUCAUUUAGUACUAUCAUAAGAUUUUUUGUGAUCCUAUUUUGCUGAAUUCUGAAACAGAUCUUCAUCCACAUUGUCUGUUAAACAGAGGUUAUCUAAAAAAAGAGGGAGAGAGAAAAAGAAAAACUAGAUACAUUUGGUAUGGAUUUGGGUAUAUAGGUUUGCUUGCAGUAAAUGAAAAUUAGCUGUAGCUGCAUUUGUUAAUACCUGAUUGAAAUAAUAGGCUUUCAAGUUUGUGCUUGGUCUCUUUUUUACGUAGUGGGUUUUUUUAUAUAGAGAUUACAAACACCAUGCUGCUGAUUACUAAGAGAUACAUGUAAAGUGAAAGUAAAGCCAGGAAUCUUAUAGAGGCUGCUGAUUACUAAGAGAUACAUGUAAAGUGAAAGUAAAGCCAGGAAUCUUGUAGAGGCUGCUGAAUACUAAGAUACAAUAUUGUAGGAUACAUUUGAAAUGAAAGUAAACCCAGGAAUCGCCCACUAAUAAUUCAGUAACUGGCCAAAAUUGUAAAAUCAUGCAAUUCUGGCAUUUUAUGAAGAUCACCACGUACAGUAUAUCUCUGUCUUAAAAAGAUUUCUUAAGAUAUUUCAUUCAUAAUUUUUUCACAGCAACAGGGUUGGAAGAGAUAUAGUAAUUUAACUAUGAAAGAUGAUGUGGGAUAAUGUGAAAAAGCAUGCUUAGCUCUACUUGAAGAUACACUGGUACAUUGGGUUUGCUUGAAAUUGCAAGUGCCCGUGUUGCAAGGGGAUGUUCCCCUUCAUGGAGUCCUUGAUUUCCAUUGCUUUGGAGAAUUAUCCUAGAUUACUUGUAAAAUUUGAAAGCACACAAAAGAAUGAAAUUGUAGAUAUGUAAAAUAAUUCCCAUUUUUUUGUAUAUGUGUUCAUUUGUAAUCACAUGAUAAAAAUGGCAGUAAAUUAUAUGUACUUAGUAAUUUCAAGGGAAGUAAUAUAUGACUUAUAUUUGAUGGUUCAAUAAAUCUGUUAUAUUUCAAUUGUUGCAUCAGGUAAUUUACGUGUACAUAUUUUCUUGCAUAUUAAGAACACUAUGUCAAUUGUUAAUACCUGUUUAAUAUAUAAGUUGUUGGGCUAUAUUACAUGUUACUUGCUUUUGGGAUAUAGACAGAAACUCUCGUUGAAAUUUACUGAUAUUAAAGAAAAUUCGGGGAAUAUUCCCACUUUCACUUCCAAAUUGUAUUUAAUGUUAAAUUCAUGCUUUGAAAUGAUUUAGUGUGACUACUGUUGUCUAAACAGAAAUGGUGUCUAUUUCAUUGCUUCAAAAAUUGUCUUGUGAUUUUGAGUUUGUCACCAUCUGUCACUACUUAUAUCAUCAAUAAAUGUUACAUUGAAGUAGUA